UAAAAAUUCUCAAAAUUAUUUUUUCUCCCAAUUACUUUUUUUUCUCUUGAGUAAAUUAAUCUUGAAAAAUGGAAAAUAUAGGAUUCAAAAUUGAAACUGUGACAAGUACUAAAUUGAAAGGAACAACAUGGGAAGAUGUUGAUGUUGGUGAUAUUGCAAUGAUUUUUAUUUCAUAUGGAAGAGCAGUAAGCCAUCUCCAAUUUUUAUAUGUCAAAGACGGGAAAUUUUCUCUAUCAGGGAGACAUGGUGACCUUAUAGAAAAUCUGGAAAUUAAUUUGCAGAUCAAGCUGGAUUAUCCAUCUGAAUAUCUAAUUGGAGUAAAUGGUCGUCAUGGAACAUUUGGAACAGAGAGAAUUUUGAAAUCAAUCACCUUUGUGACUAACAAAAAUUCAUAUGGACCAUUUCCAAAAAAUAAACCUACUUAUAUGGGAAGUGAAGAUACAGAAUUUAAUAUAAAUGUAUUGGAUCAUGGUUGGCUCAAUGGAUUUCAUGGCACAACUUCUGGUAGUCAACUUGAAAGUUUUGGAGUUAAUAUCAAACCAAUGCCAAUUAUUAUACCUCCAAAAAAGGAGAUUGAUUAUGCAAAAAUUGAUGUAAUUGAUGGUUGAAUGUACAAAUUGUAAAAGUAUUAUCUAGUUUAAUUUCAUGCUCAAUGUUACAUAUGUACUAAUAUACAUAUAAUCAAAAGAAAGAACUUAUUUAUGAAAGUUUUACUUGUA